UCCUAGCACAGCGCCCCUCUUUCUUCUCGGCUUUCCAGCGCCUCCACCGCCGUAACUCCAGCACACUUUAGGGGCCACAAACGACCCAGUUGCCCGCUGGCCACCCUCUCCACCUCUCUCCUUUUCCACGUUCUUCUCCUCCUCCUCUCGACGCUCUAAAGUUUUCUUCUUUAAGUUGCUCGUGUGACUCCCGAGCAAAGUCGAAUUCCUCACUCAAAAACUCCUUCUCGAUAUCCGCAAUAAUGAAUCUUUAAACGAUUUGUCGCUUGUCGACCUUUUUGUCGCAACUUCUGCAACGCUCCAUCCGCUCCAAGUCCAACCAAUUUUUUUUUUUCGCCCGCUGAAAGCGCUCCCCAUCACCAACUCGCUUCAGCGCUGCUGUGGCUACCGCCCGCCCCGAAAGCGGACAAAGCAAAAGACGAACCAUCGUUGCAGCACGGGACGAUUAAAAUAAGAAGAAUAGGAAGAACAGUGAAGGAACGAAGCUAUACACCCCUGAUUUGCAUAUGGCAGUCAUGUCGGGCUCCAGCAACUCCGAGUCCAACGGUAAUGGGCUUUCCAAGGAGUCGAGGGUCGGUCGAGCCAAGCAACGGUAUAAUACGAAAGGCGAUCGACUUGUCGCCGGAGUAGUUCCGCUGUCUCCCGACCUGGAAUAUGUGCUUAUGAUUCAAUCGACGCGGCGCAAGGGCUGGGUGCUGCCUAAAGGCGGCUGGGAGUCUGACGAAACCUGCGAAGAGGCGGCUACACGUGAGGCUUGGGAGGAAGCCGGCAUCACUAUCCAGAUCGACCUUGACUUGGGUGUCAUUGAAGAGUCACGGCCUCUCAAGAUGUCCAAAGACCAGUCACAGUACCAUUUCUACCAAGGAACCGUGCAAAGUCAGUAUGAGGAAUGGCCAGAGCGCCAUAAACGUGAGCGCCACUGGUUCACCUUUAGUCAGGCGUGGGAAGAGCUCAAGUCGAGACCAGAGCUGCAGGAGGCACUGGACCGCUCCACGAUUAAGCGAAACUAGCUUGCCCAAGUUUGGCUGUGGACGGGCAAUGCAGAGGCAGUGACCCAAUGCCUCUCGUGAUGGACAAGCCAGAUGGCCGCGCAAGGCGAUUCUGCAACUCGCCAUGUUGCAGGGCCGUCACCAAGACACAAAAAAAUAUUUCUUUUCGCAUAUGUUGCAUCGGGUUUUAAAGGCGUUGACGGCGGGAAAGUACAUGAAAUAGAAAUCCCCGGAUGGGCUGGAUACGGUACAGGCGACUUUUUCAAUAGGAUUUACCGGGCAUUUGGCCUCGGGUCAUGAUUUUGCAAGUAGAUUCCAUGACUAAUUCAAGAUUUAUACACCUG